AUGAGCAAAGGUGGAAGGUCUGGAGAAAAUGAAGUCGUUUUUGAACGAAGUAUAAGUAAUUUGAAAAGUACCGAUAUAUAUACACCCCUGAAAGGGUACUGUGAUCCAAUAGAUAAUGUGCCUGAUAUAUGCCCGGAAUUGCAGGGUGUAUUGUUCUCACCUGGUGUUCAUUAUAUGAGGGAUCCAAGAACUCGGCAUUUAAAUUUCAGCCCUGAACUUUUGAAUAUCCCAAAUGUGGAUAACUUCAAGUUUGAUAAGGUUACUCCCUUUGUUUCACCAACACAUGAUCAACGUCUUCUAAAGAUCGCGGAAGCUUUCAACACAAAAACGCCAGCGAGUGAAAAAAAGCUUAAGUAUUAUUCUUCAUCUUCAUCCCUAACUGGAAUACUACGUUUGUUUCACUUGCUCCUUAGUAACAACCGGCCAUUAGAUGUAGGCUUUUUAUCGAAGCCUUUUCCUGCUACUACGAACAUGUCCGAAAGUUGUAAAUACCCUAUCAGCUCUGUUGUUACUUUGAAGAAAAAGGAUUCAUCAGGAAGUGAUAACAUAUUUUCUAUUGAUAGUGACCGAACUACGGACACGGAGUUGAUAUUGUCAUUGUUGGGAAAUACAAUGGAGCUGAUGCUUACAACAGAUUCCUCCGUUUUUAAGACAUAUCUGAAAUCAUCACUUGAAGAUCCAGUGAGGGCUGAAAAUUCAAAAUCUUCAUAUCAUUAUGCUCGCUUUGGCAAUAUUUUGAUGCGAUCUCAGCUUGAUGCCAAAGACAAAAGAUUGCCUGGAACUGGUGUUUUUGAUCUCAAAACAAGGGCAGUUUGUGCGAUUAGAUACGACAUCGCACAUACUAACUUCCAUCCUACAAAUUAUGAGAUUAAUCGUACUCAUGGCUUAUACGAAAGCUUUGAACGUGAAUUAUUUGAGAUGGCAAGGGUUGUUAUGUUCAAAUACUCUUUGCAGGCAAGGAUUGGAAACAUGGAUGGUAUUUUUGUUGCAUAUCACAAUGUCAAGAAUAUAUUGGGAUUCCAAUAUAUUCCAUUAUCGCAGAUAGAUAGCAUAUUUUUUGGAAAUGUUGAUUAUGAUGAUCCCAAACUAGGCCAACCUGAUUACGUGAACAAUGAAUCAGAUUUCCAGGCCAUUGUGGAAGAUAUCGGUCAGCAUUGGCAAAACAAGAGAGAAGCUUUAUCGACAAUGAUGGCAAACUAUGAAUUCAAUGUCAGCCUUUCUAUGCUUCAAGAUUUAUUGAAUGCCAUAACGAAGAAGACUGGGUCAAGGCCGUUCAGGAUGUUUUUAAAGUACUGUCCUGAAUCAAAAUACCAUAAUCCUCAUAUAAAAGUAUUUGUGAAUGUUGUUCACGCUGAAAUGGCUAAAAGACUAACUACACUUGAUAAAGUCUCUGAUGAUGUUGAAAUCCCACCCAGUGAAAGAAUAAGGAAGGCAACGCUAGCGGCAAGUGCACGCAAGAAACGAUGUGAAACCAUCAAUAAAUCAAUAUUUGAACAAUCAUCUAAGGAUGGAAGAUUUAUGUUCAAAAUUUCUUGCGGUCACAAGAUAAAUAGUAAGUCCGCCCAUAUGAAGUACCCCACACCACCUUUAUCGAUUAUUAAUAAGAAAACGGCGGAUGAAUGGAUAAUACACUAUAAAAUAGCAGAAGUGUGUAAUCCAAAUCUUUUCGAGGAAGAAUAUUUUAAAACUGUUAAGCGGUUGUGCAGAACAUUUGGAAUACCAUCUAUUUUGAGUGUUCUUGGAGAUGACACCAACUCAUCUUAUCCUUUUAAUAAAUAUGCAUCAUCCAGGCAAAACAUUUUAAGGGCAUAUAGUGAAAAGGCUCUUAGGAGGUUAAAAGUGUUCAAGCAUUCGAUUUUCUACCGAGAAAAUUCCGAGUCCAAAUAG